AGCCGGCGCCGCAGCAGCUGCUGCGCGCUGUGUGCGUGCCUGCGUGGGCGGCCGGGGUGGGGGGGUGGGGGGGGUGGAAUGGGGACGGGGACGGGGACGAGGCGUGCGUGAGCCACGCAGGGAGGGACCACUCGGCCCCCGCGUCGUCCCCGCGUCGUGCCCGCUGCCCAACGUGCCCGCCACGCCGAUGGUGCUGACCCCGGGCGAUGCGACGCUGCUCCUGGGCGCAGAUGCCCUGCGGUAACCUGUCCCCAUCAGCAAUGGCCUCGACACCCCGGUGAGGGCCAAGAGGACGAGCACCCAUCCGAUCCCCCGUGCACCACGUCCCCCCCGUGAUAGCCAUGGACGCCCCCCUGGAUGUGCCCGUAGGGAACCUCAUCGACUUCGACACCGAAACGCCCGCCCGUGCCCCCUCGGAGCCGACCCCUCCGGAUGUCCCCAGCGGCAACGGGCACGUGGGGGACGCGGCCGGGGAGGAGAGCGAUGCCACCGAGUCUGCGGACAGCGACAACGACACGGGUGGCUCGCCCACGCGCUGGGGCGGCCGCCGCCGCUCGUCCUCCGCUGAGUCCUUCUCCUCCAGCCAGAGCACCGAGUCGGCCAGGGACGAGGCGAUGGCCGAGCGCCGGGACUUCAUGCGGCAUUACGUGGAGAAAAUCUUCUCCGGGGGGGAGGAUCUGGACCAGGAGGAGAAGGCCAGGUUUGGGGAGCUGUGCAGCGGCGAGAACGGGAAGGGCAGGGAAUGGUUCGCGAGAUACGUGAGCGCCCAGCGCUGCAACUCCAAGUGCGUGUCGGAGCAGACCUUCUACCGCCUCAUGCAGUCUUUCGCCCUCGUGCUCUUUGAGUGCCACCAGAUGGAUGACUUCAGCCCCGCCAAGAACCUCAUGACCAUGUGCUUCACCUACUUCUACAUCGGGAAGACCCCCGCGCUGCCCCUGGAGGCCAAGGAGAAGCCCACGGGCAGCAUCGACUCGUACCUGAGGUCGGCCAACAGCUGGCUGGCCGAGAAGAAGGACAUCGCGGAGAGGCUGCUGAAGAACACCUCGGCCAGGACGGAGAACGUCAAGGGCUUCUUCGGGGGCCUGGAGACCAAGCUGAAGGGUCCCGCGGCCAGGAAGAGCGACGAGGGGGAGGACAGGCCGAAGGAGAGGCUGAAGAAGACGGUUUCCGUGCAGAGCCCGGAGGAGGAGAAGAAAGGGGAGAAGAUCUACCUGUACAUGCACCUCAAGCAGCAGCCCAUCUGGCACAACCUGCGCUUCUGGAACGCCGCCUUCUUCGACGCCGUGCACUGCGAGCGCAGGAAGCGCUCCCCCACCACCAGGGAGAAGUGGUGCCACAUGACGCAGGAGGAGCGGGACGACAGCCUGCGCUUCAACGAGAACAUCACCUUCGGGCAGCUGGGCACCUUCAUUCACAACAUGCUGGCGUUCGGCCUCAACAAGAAGCUCUGCAGCGACUUCCUCAAGAAGCAGGCGACGAUCGGCAACUUGGACGAAGAGCAAUACAAGCUGCUCAGCGACCACAUCGAGCAGAUGGCCACCGAGUAGCCGCCCGGCCGGCACGGCACAGCGGCAGUGAGACGGUGGCUGGAGCAGUUGGGGAGAGAAACGUGCCCCGAACGAAGCCGGGCUGCUCGAGGGUCGCGCACGCACACACAGAGCUGCCCCCAACCUGCAUGACCAUCCGCCAAACCUUAGAGCUGUGCCGUGGGCAGCCCGUAGAAGUAGGAGCCAAACAGCCCCCGUCCCUCGCCGGAGCCUCCCGCGUCUGUUUUCAGAGCAGGCGGACCCAGAAGUGAGUUUUGUCGGGUAAAAACAAGUGAACAAGCAGAGAAACAGUCAAACAAAACCUAAAAAAAAAAAAAAAAAAAAAAAAACCACGAGAGAAAGCAAGAUGAAAAAGAGAGCAACUGCUGCAGCCCCGCUGUACCUGGGGGCUUUGGGGGGCUGUGUUGCUGCGUCCUCAGCCCCCUGCAAAACGCUGCUUGGGGGCUUCAGUGCUCGUAACAGCGGCAUCUGGAGCAAAACGCUGUGGGGUGUGGGGCUGCUGAAUGCAUUUGCUGCUCGAUGCCUUCACGAGACUGGUGUGGAUGGUGGAAAAUCCGGAGGAAACGAGGCUGUGAGCCUCCUGCAUCCCCCCGCCGCGAGGCACCAGGUUGGCAGCACUUGGUUUCAGGGACUGUUAAAGGAAAUGGGGGAAGUUUGGGCACUUGAGGGGCUGUUGUCCAGGGAUUUGGGGUGCGGGGCACGGCAGGAGGGUCUGCUCCGGGUGGGCAGCAGGUCGUGCUGCGUUGUGCAGUGGGGUGGCACUGGUGACUUCCCUCGCUGUGUAAGGCUCCAUAGGAGACGUGGGGAAACUUUUCCUGGGGAAAACCGCCCUGCAAUCCCUGUAUGGCUUUGUGCGUGGAGAGGAAACAGCAUUUGUGCCACACCGUCAGCCUCCAUCCGCAGGACACCAGCCAUGGCCUCGGGCGGGAGCGCAAGGCAAGGGGGCAGCGGUGCUCGGUGUCGGGCUGUUUGGGAGGAUGCAAGCAGCAGCUGGGGGGUUCCCUGUAGGGUUUUUCAGCACACAUUCGCUGCGUUUGCUUUUCCCUUCACCCCACACCCUGCUGUGACCUCCAACAUGGGGUAGCCGAGGGCUUGUGGCGUUUCCCCAAGGGCUGAGCCAACAGCCCCGCAUCGGCUGCGCCUCACUGCCCGCUGCUCCCCCGGCCCCUUCCUUUCCCGAUCACACCCGGAAUAGCCCUUGGGACCGCCGCACCCCAAAUAGCCCCGUCCAAACACGUCUCCUGCCCUGCUCCGGUGACUGCAGCUGCCUGGUAUGCAGCCCAUCAGGUUCUGCCCAGCGCCUCCUUGGCAUGGCCGCUGCAGGCAGGCUGGGGACGCGGCGACAGCGCCGCUUCGCUCCGGGGGUCCGGCGCUUGGGGUCGCCCCCCAAAACUGUCCUCAAACUGGGGGGGUCCCAUGGGAAUGGGUUUCAAGGGGCUGUUGGCGCAGGUUUCCCUGUGAUGUGUCCUGCAGGAGCAGGGUUUUUCCCCGUAGCCCUGUGCCUCCAGUGGCAUUUCCUUGCUCUCACCCGGGCUGCAGCGAGGGGGCUGCGGCUUGAUUUUCUCUGCUGGGAGUCUGGAGCUCCGGCACCCGUAAUUAUGGGGCUGGGCUCUGCUCCGUGCUGGGUCUAAGGCAGGAUCAGUCCCAACACUGCUUUCCCAGGCUUGCUGGCCAUCCCCAGCCCCAGGACCUGGGCAGGGCUCCCCAGAAGGGUGUUUGUAGGGCGAGUCGCUGCCCCAGGGUUUGCACUUUGCGUCUGAUGGAGAGGAGAGGUGGGGGCGCGGCUCCACUCGGGUCUCCCCUCAGUCCCGCUGCGUUUAUUUUUUUUUUCUGAUGUAAAAAAAAAACAAAGUUCAGCAGUGAAAAAUA